AUGGCACCGUCUUUGCAUGGAUACUAUGAUGCGAGAGAAAGAUCUGCGCGUACCAUGGGACACCAGGAGCAUGAAUAUGAAAGACUUUCGGCGAUUGGCAUACUCGGCGAUGAAUGCCAAAGUCAAGCUCGAAUCUUGCUUCAAAAACUAUACAACGAUAUUGUUACCGAAAAGUUUGGACCUGGAUCCGGUUCUCAAGGUGAAAUUCGAAUUUUCUGCAAACCUUCAACUCGCAGAUGGGUGCGAUGGAGGCUCGAAGAGCUACUAGGUGAGUUUCGCCGUCUUGGAUGUCGAGAUUUGGAACAGGAAGUUAUUGUUGAGAAUCUCUAUCAGAUCCUCAGAUGGAAUCGAGCUUGGUUUCUAAUUCUUAGAGAGCAGGGGAAGAUACUGAACAUCUCACACGAGCAGCGGAGAGUAGUAUUUACACCACAGACUCAAGGUAGGAGGGCGAUCGAAGAGAGGAGAAGGCUUGACGCUGCUUUCGCAUACUUAGAGACAGCGGAAGAGUCUAAUCAGUGGAACGAUGAGUGGUUGGUUCGGUUCAACGAAGCAGGAGGAUUUGACUUUUUGGAGGGAUGA